CUACGCGGCGGCUGCGCAGACCAUAGGAAGCGACAGUUCAAACCCGGAAGUUACGUCAGGUGUAAACACAGCAGUGGAGGUUGCGGUGGAAAAAUGGUGUACGUGUCGAACGGUCAGGUCCUGGACAGCAGGGCUCAGUCGCCAUGGCGACUUUCCUUACUGGUGGAUCUUUUCUGGGACGCACUGGAAUUUUUCAGGCUCUUCUUCAAAACCAUGUUUCAUCCUGACUUGACAAAGGACGGAAACUCAGCUUCAUCACGCUUCAGUGACGGCAGAGGUCCUCCAGGACCACCCGGUGGCAGGAGACGGAUAGGAAGAAUAAACCAUGGUGCAGGACCCAAUGCUCCACCAAUGGGAGGAGGAGGAUGAGGAAGGUAAACGCCUACACGUGUAGUGUAGGCGCGGGGCCUAACUCAGCAGCUGUGACAACGCCCUGCUUGCUGUCCUGGAGCCCCUCUUCAUUCGCUGCUACUGCCUCAAGCAGUUUCCUGACGCCUCUCUGGGAAUUCCUUCAUUUAGGGACCAGAAUGGCUGAUAAAGCAGCAGCCUCCUGACCUUUUUUUUGGACUUUUGUUCUGUGACAUCGGUUUCUCACAAAUGUACUACAUGCGUUUUGCUUAUACAUUCUUGAAAUUAUUUAGUUUCUUUACUUGGUUUCAUGUUUCAAUAAAAAUGUAGUGGUGAGCGGCUGAUUGGUAUGAUCAAAGUGAGCUUGGUUCCAUUUGCCAUCGAUAAUCUCACUAAACACUUAAUGGUUGAUAAAUGGAUAACCAGCAAAAAUUUCAGAGUAUCCCUUAACACCUCACACUUAAACUGCUGUAUUAAAUGAAUAUUAUCUUCAAAUAAAACAUAAAUUUACAAUACA